GAAACACCGUCGGAGGAGGAUCUUGCACGCGCGCGCAUUCCUGGUCCUUUUGUUGUUUGCUUUCCGACUGACUGACGACUGAGACCCGAGACACCAUGUCCGUCGGCACCGUCUCCUUCAGCAGGCCGUCGCUGAGCAUCCGGAACAGCAUCAACGCCCCCAUUCUCUCUGACGCGGACAUGGACGGCGCGCCGACCCUCCGGAAGGUGUCCAUCCUGGCCCUCUCCGUCACCAUCAUGCUGGACGCGCUGAAGGAGGAGUACGGGCUGGGGAGGAGCUUCAGCGACGACCAAGCGGGGAUCUACCGCUCGCUGGAGGACCGGGUCUCCAGCUUGACGGGGCUGGACGGGCGCGGGUGCCUGCUGCGCUUCGUGUGCGAGCUGCAGGGCUUCCCCAUCAGGGACUGGACCAUCGCGGGCGAGGUCAUCGCCUCGGUGUUCACGCCUCGUGAGGGCAAAAACGAGCUCCUGCAGGAGUACCGGGAGGCGCAGUGGGCGGGGCAGCAGCGAGGGAUUCCUUCUUCCUCCGCCUGCGAGGCCUACGCCCUCCGCUGCCCCUUCAGCGUCUUCAACUACUUCAACCCUGAGGGCCAGCUGGGACUCGGCGCCGAAAGCCUCGACAACUUCCUGUGAAUGCCGAUGGAAAGGAGAGGGAGGAGGACGAGGACAGGGAGAGAGAGAGAAAAACUGUGUCUAUUUAUUUUUAUUUAUUCUUACACGUUUGUCACUUGUAUGAAAAAUAAAACAUGCAAGCAUUUAUCCCAGUGACUCUUUGUCUGUUUACACUCGAGAGAAAGGACAGACAGACAGACAGAC